AGGGGAGGCGGGAGGGCAGCGCUGGAUUUCCCCCGGCGGAGCGGAGCAGCCGCCCCGAGAGCGGCCGGGCGGCAGCUCCGCCGCCCCGGGAGGCGGGUGUCAGUCCCGUGCGCGUCCCCCUGCGCUCUACAUGGGCUCUCUCCGACGGGACUCCACACCUGUGGAGCGGGAUGCUCCACGCCGCAGCGGAGGGGGGGCGUUGGCGGCACCGGCACCCAGGCUGGACAAACGCUGCACAGCUAUGGAGAAUGAACCCAACACGACGACAUGUUCUGCAGCCACCACGACCGGCACCAGCACCUCCACCUCGCGCACGCCGCUGCCGCAGAUCUCCGUCUACAGCGGCUCCGACAGACAUGCUGUCCAGGUUAUUCAGCAGGCCUUGCAUCGUCCUCCUAGCUCAGCUGCUCAGUACCUCCAGCAGAUGUAUGCAGCCCAACAGCAGCAUCUAAUGCUGCAGACUGCUGCUCUGCAGCAGCAGCACUUAAGCAGUACCCAAUUUCAGAGUCUGGCAACUGUUCCACAGGCAAGCCUGUCAGGUGGGAGGCAAUGUACUUCCCCCACUGGGAGUGUCACUCAGCAGUCAAGCGUGUCGCAGACCUCGAUUAACCUCUCCACCUCUCCUACACCUGCACAGAUAAUAAGCCGCUCUCAGACCUCCAACACCACCAGCAGCAGCAUCACCCAGCAGACGAUGUUGCUGGGCAGCACCUCUCCCACCCUGAGUGCCAGCCAGGCUCAAAUGUAUCUGCGAGCUCAGAUGCUUAUUUUUACUCCUGCGACCACUGUGGCUGCUGUCCAGUCUGACAUUCCUGUUGUCUCCUCAUCCUCCUCAUCUUCCUGUCAGUCUGCAGCUACUCAGGUUCAGAACUUGACGUUGCGCAGUCAGAAGCUGGGUGUGUUGUCAAGUUCCCAGAAUGGCCCACCAAAGAGCAGCAGCCAAGCUCCGUCGCUGUGCCCCAGUAAGGCUGCCAGCAGCUCCAAGGGCAGCCAGGCAGACCCCUCAGAAAGCAAUAGGAAAGGCGAGAGCCCCGCUCCAGAGUGCCGGAGCACGCCGGCCACGCGGACAUCCAGCAUCCACCACCUCAUCACACCAGCUUCAUAUUCUCCAUUGCAACCUCAUUCUCUAGUAAAACAUCAGCAGAUCCCACUUCAUUCACCACCUCCGAAGAUUUCCCAUCAUCAGCUGAUCCUGCAGCAGCAGCAGCAAGUCCAGCCGAUUGCACUUCAGACUCCUCCGGGCCAGGAGCCGCCUCCAUCCCAGCACUGCCUGCCCCUGCCCAGCCACGCGCUGCCUCCGGCUCCCAGCAGCGUCCCGCCCCACUGCUCCCCUAUCCACAUCCAUCCUCCGCCUCUCACGCUCUCUCCCAGCCCGUCCCAGUCAGCUCAGCAGUCAGUGGUGGUGUCCCCUCCGCCGUCCCACUCCCCGAGUCAGUCACCCACCAUCAUUAUCCACCCUCAAGCCCUUAUCCAGUCGCAGGCCAGCUCCCUGGUGCCGGCGGCUCUGCAGCCCGAGCCGGCCGCUCCCCAGGCGGCUGCCGCCAACCCCGUGCGGCCCUCGCAGCCGCUCAGCCUCCCGCAGCACCUGCCGCUCCCGCCCUCGCCCGCCGUGCACAUCGGGGCCGUGGAGCCGCCCGCCUUGGUUUCACCGGGCCAGCAGCUCGUGUCCUCCACGCCACACCAGCAGUAUCCAGCCCUGCAAUCCGCUCCCAUCCCUCUGGCAGCUCCGCCUCAGCUCUCGGCAUCCUCAACCCAGAUUCAACCGCUGCCCCUGCAGUCUGUGCAGUCUUUACAAGUGCAGCCUGAAAUUCUGUCCCAGGGCCAGGUUUUGGUUCAAAACACUUUGGUUUCUGAGGAGGAACUUCCUGCUGCAGAGGCUUUGGUCCAGCUGCCAUUUCAAACUCUUCCACCGCCACAGACCGUCGCAGUAAAUCUGCAGGUGCAGCCGUCAGUCCCGAUUGAAACUCCAGUGAUUUACCAAGUGGAGAAUGUGUGUGAAGAGGAGAUGCCUGAGGACUCAGAUUGUGUCCACAUGGCAAGAACACCUACACCACCCACCUUGUCCCCACCAGCCAUAACCUUGGGCAAUGGAGAGGCUCUUCAUUCAGAAGAUCCUUUGUCAGAACAUGGGGGACUGCCUUCAGUGACAUCAUCAGUCAGUGCCUCAGUAAUUAAAUCUCCAUCUGAUCCUUCCCAUGCCUCUAUUCCACCACCCCCUCUUUUGCUUCCAGCAGCAACGACAAGGAGCAACAGCACAUCCAUGCCCAAUAGCAUUCCCAGCCUAGAAAAUAAACCUCCACAGGCUAUUGUCAAACCCCAGAUCCUGACCCACGUCAUCGAAGGCUUUGUGAUUCAGGAGGGCUUGGAGCCCUUCCCUGUCAGUCGUUCAUCUUUACUGGUGGAACAGCCUGCAGAGAAGAGUCUGCUGGUGGAGGGUCAGAUCAUGAGUGUGGUGUGUGUUGAAUCAGAUUUGCAGAACACAAAACAUGCAGACAACUCAUCAGACACAGAGAUAGAGGAUAUGAUUGCAGAAGAGGGACUGGAUGAAAUUGAAAAUGAUCUUCUGAAGUGUGAAUUUUGUGGGAAAAUGGGAUAUCCCAAUAAGUUUCUGCGGUCAAAAAGAUUCUGCUCCACAUCCUGUGCCAAAAGGCACAGCCUUAGUUGCACUAAGAAAUUUGGGCUGUUUCCAUCAGACAAGACCAGUCGUUGGAAUCGGAAGUCAGAUAGCCAAAGUCUUGGGCGACGCGGGCGUCGGCCGAGCGGCCCUGAGGGGGCGUCACGAGAUCAUUUUCUUAGACAGCUUCCAAUUACUUAUCCAUCUGCAGAAGAAGAUCUGGCUCCUCAUGAAGACGCUGUUCCGACGGCCAUGACCACGCGCCUGCGGAGGCAGAGCGAGAGGGAGCGGGAGCUUCGGGAGCUGAGGAUGAGGAAAAUGCCAGAGAGCAUCGACCUCCUACCAGUGGUGCAAACUGACCCCUCAGUAUGGACUGUCGAUGAAGUUUGGGCCUUUAUACAUUCUCUGCCUGGUUGUCAAGAUAUUGCAGAUGAAUUUAGAGCACAAGAAAUUGAUGGACAAGCUCUCCUUUUGUUGAAGGAGGAUCACCUUAUGAGUGCAAUGAAUAUUAAGCUUGGACCUGCAUUGAAAAUCUGUGCACGUAUCAAUUCCUUGAAGGAAUCCUAGGAGGUGAACAUGAAGGUUUAAACAACAGUUUCUCAGUGACAGAACCAACAGUAAUAUGCCAACAUCUUCACUGUGGCAUGAGUGUUACUGUGAUGUUUUGUUAAGUAGGUGGGGCUCUCCCCACAUAAAGACUUUAAAAUGUUCCUUUGAUUAUACCAGGAGUCCUCUGUAGUUUUCAACAACUAAUAAGUUUAUAGUAAAGCCUGAGUAAUGCUUUCAGUUGAACUUUUUCAUGGAAAAACAUGAAGUGAAAUAUGCUGUGAUAGGUUAGAUAUUCCCCAACAUGUACUUCAUCUUAUGAGUUAUGAUUAACACCCAGUCCCCACCCCAAUCUAGACACCAUUUAAAUUGUGUUGCUGUAUUCUGAAAGACUUUUCCCACAUACAGCAGUGUUUGGACUGAACUAACAGAAGUGUCCACAGGCCCUGUGGAAGCACUAGUACCAGUAAAAUGCUAUGCAUUUAGUUGUGCUCUCUGAGUUUGUUUUAGUCUUGAGCAAAUUGUUUGUAAGGGGUAGGUUGGCAGCUGGUUUUCCUCAUGUAGGCUUACCCUCAUCUCUGCCACUAUAGUAUUUUCUUGAAGUCUGUAAAAUACUAUAAACCAUGUAGAUGUCUCAUCAAAAUCCUCAUGAUCAGGCUACUGACACUCCUGCCAGAGGUAACUGAAGCACAUGUUACUUUACUCUUUGAAUGCUGCUAUGCACUAAGGGGGCAUUAAGUGUUAGGUUUGUAGUUUCACAUGCUGCUAGUUAAACUAGACCAGCAGUUCUCAAAUGGGGGUUCAGAGUGGACCCUGAGGAAGAGUGUGAGCACUCAAGGUUCAGGAUCCCAAAUGCCUGGGUGUGAGGGGCUGAAAAGUGCAGCCAGGACCAGCUCAUGUUGAGACAAGUUGCUUUAGAGACUGGGGGUAGAGAAGGGACAGCAUAACUCAGAUGUUCUUUUUCUUAUACCUCUUCUAACAUGUCUUUCCCUGUAGUGCAUUCCCAUUGCCUCACUGGAAGCUUCCAAGCACCUUUUCCAUGCCCAGUGGCCAGUGUGAGCUGUGCUUGCAGUACUCUGAGGACGGAGCAGUGAGGCUCCUUUCAGAGCUUGUGCAGGAGCAGCUGCUGCUGCCAUGAGAGAGCCUGGAGCUGCAGGUCAGCAGGAGGAAUGCCAGCGUUGGCAACUCUGGGAGAACAUCCUGGUUUAGGGCAAAUUUGGGAGGACCAGGAUAGAGAAAUAUCCAGGGGCCCUGCUUUGUCCCUCUGGCAGGAGAUUUUGUCUUGGAUGCUGCAGACCCAGGUGGUGGGAUUUUAGUGUCCCCCUCCAUUUUCCCUCUCUCACUCUGUGGAACAAAUACAUUUCCCCAGUUACUGACGCUCUUGGAAGCUGCCUGGGCUCUGAGGCAGCAGCACCUUCUUGGCCUUUGCUUCCCCACCACCUGUGUACAGAUGUUCUUGGAUGCAUUUUGUCCUCCUGUUCCCUCCCUUUUGCAGCUCCACUCCCCUUAUGUACAGACCUGGUUCCUUAAGCUCUUGUUUAGGGAAAGAAGGGUACGUGUGCUGACAGUCAUUGUGUAUAUUUGAAUUAAAUAUGUGUAUGUGUCUGCAAAUAAUGUAUUUUUUUGUAUUUUAUGCAAAUUAAUGCAUAAUAUAUGAUUGUGUAGGUAGGUAUUCAGGGGGCUGUACAGUAUUCCUGAAGAGAAGAGGAACUGACCUAAAGUUUGAGAACUGCUGCCCUAGAUCAAAAGGAGUCAAUGCACAUACACUGGCUAAAAGGCAGGUUUGUGACAGACAGAUUAAUAUGUAUAUUAUUUAACUGAUGACCUUAAAGAGUAAAUUUGAAUUACAGAAAAAUCUGUGCUUCAUUUUCCUUUAAUUAGACUAUUGCUUUGUUUCCACUAACAGAUUUUCUACCAUUACCUUCUGGUAAUCAACAUUAGAAUCAUUGUUCUUAAUUACAACUGUUUGAGCUUGCUAAUAGCAGAUGUUAUUAAUGUUUUUGUUAACCACUGAAGCUGCAAGUUAGGACAACACGUUGCAGUUGCACGCUGGUGUGUGGUGAGAACCCUUACCCAAAUUGCACCAAAGCUUUAGAGGAUGAAUUGAUGCCUGGGUUUAUUUUGGAGGGAAGUUGCUAAGCACUUUCUAGUUUGGUUUUUUUUUUUCCUAUUUUCAUUUACUGUUGUAAAAUAAACUUCUUAGUUGAAGUUCCAAUGUUUGCUAAUGUUCAUUUGAAAGACGUUCAAAUGAUGGAGACAGUGGGUUCCCAUUUGUAGCAUUUCUGUAAGAUACACAGUGUAGCAUAUCUGUAACAUAUGUUCUAAAGGAUAUGUUCUGUUUUGAUGAGCUAACUGAAGACUAAAGAUAUCUUAGAUAUUUAUCCUUUGGCUUUUGUCUUAAAGUUUUAUUAUUUUUAUACAGAAAUCUCACUGGCUAAUUUUUAAUCUGUCUUCUGAUUGUACUGUUCUUAGGCAAUGUAAAAAGUAGAGAUACUUAUAAAUGUGGUUUGAUAAUGGUUUAAGGUGUACUAGCAAAUGUGGACUUAGGGGUCUUAUUUAGACCUGUAGUUAAUCAGUGUUACAUGCAUGAGAAUUUCAUGGCUGCUUUAAUUUUGCUUUAUUAGACAGCUUUCAGGAGAGCUUCUCCAGCUAGUGUUUGUGUCCAGCUCAGUCAGAAUCACUGCCAGGUGCCAGGAGCUCAGAGCAGACCCCAGUAAGGCACAUCUGGUCCUGUUCAUCUGGUAUGUAACAUUCCCUGUGGGUUUGGGAGAGCCACAGAAAAUGAGUUAUGCUUUAAAUAUUCAUAAAUGCAACAGCUUAGAAUGUGGCCCUUAUGCAUAUUGAAAGGUUUUUUUCUUCUUCAGUGGUUUUGGUAAUUAACUGGAACUUAAAAGCAGACACAGCUAUACCAACCUGUACUGAUAGAAGUGCACUUGUACAGGAGUGUUUGCCAGUGUAGCUGUGUCAAUAAAAUGAAUUUUUUAAAAAGUCACACUUGUAUGUGAAAGUAGGCUGGAAAAUUUCCAAGAGCAACUGAAGUCUACUUGGGAAGCUUAUGAAUUUGCUCCAAAAAGCAAUAUAAUACUUAGAGUAACAGUCCUCCAGAACCAUUUUAUGUACUGGCCACUUGCUGUUCAGAUAGGUGAGGUUUUCCCAGGCUCAUACCAUUUCCCGUGUUAGGCUGUACCCUCUUCCAAAAUAAGAAGUAUUAAAGAUUUUAAUUGUAUUUUAACACUUGUUCCCACAGGAUGUGUCUACAAGAAAUCUUUUUUAUUCUCUUUAUUUCCUGGGAUUUUACUUUCUGUAUUCAGGUGUGCAGGAUACCCCUCACAGUAAUGCUUGCAGUAUUUCCCCUGAGGAAGCUUGUCUGCCUCCACUGACUUGAAGUGUCAGUUGAUUUGGCUCAGCAGAGAGUGUCUGAAGGAGUUUCAAACAGGCUGCAUUGUAAAUCCAUUCUUUAUCCAUUAACCCAUCUUUUUUUUUUUCAGAAAUGAAGUUCUUGGUGGAGGGUAAAGCCUUUGCUAGAUUUUUGUCAUUGAGACAUUUCAAAUAGAAGGUUUUUGUCCUGCAAGCAUCCAUUUCCUCAUUUUUUUCCUGUGAAAGCAGGUAUUUACCUCCUGACUUCUACUUGUGCUUUGUCCUUAGAGGAAUCCAGAGUUUUGGAUAGAACAGAUUGAAUUCCUUUGUAACUGCAGUUGAGGCAGGAAGAGGAAAGGAUAAAAGGGUAAAACCAACUGUUUGGGCAGAUCUGUGGUACCUUUUGCAUAAUUUCUGUACCUUGACGUGGAAGGAAAUAUUCAGGUACAAAACCAUUGAAGUGUAAUUUGAGUGGAAGUUCAGUGUGAGACUGGGCUGGGUGUCAGUGCCUGGCAUGGCAGCUACAACUAAUGCCAGCUUCAGAUGGAUGUUCUCAUUCUAAUAUCACAGCAUCCAUGCAGAAACUUCCACCUCAAGAGCUCAACAGAUUUCUUACACGGUGACAAAUGUACAGCUCUGAGUGAUCAAAGAGUUCAGUGACAGCUGUGUUGAGUCCUGGUUUUGCAAAUAAUUAGACAUCCCCCUAAUUUAUAACAUGACUAGUUCUGAUUGUACUGAGACUGCUCAUAUUGAAGCUCAGCAUGUAUAAAAGCUUGCAGUGUUACUUUCUCACCAGUAUUGUAUAGAGAUGUCCUGUUAACCUAUACUUAGAAAUAUAUUUGUCAUCAUUACCCAGGUACUUCCUCAUUGAUUGUUUUAGGCUGCAGAUAAUGACUGUGCAAAGCAAUCAAUCUAGGGUAGUUUUUUAAUAAUGCACCUGAAUUAAUUUAUUAGAGAUGGAGAGAAGCUAAUAUUUUAGAGUAUUUUUUUUUUAAAUACCCUGUUCCUGUUAAAUGCUGAGUGAAACAGGUAUGAGCAGAGCUAUUAAUGAACAAUUUCAGUGUAAAGUGUUAAUUGCUCAUAGUGAAUUAAUUUUCAAGUCACUCUUGCAUAGUGACCUGUAGUUUCAGACAGGAGAUACUGUGAGGAGAAAGAAAUUUUUAAUUCACUUAAUGCUUAGUUAAUUUGAGCCUAAAUUAAAUUAAUUUUAAAAGAAUUUGCCUUUAGUCAUGAGAGUUUAUUUAGACCCGAAAGGUUCUCUGUAGUUACAAAGCCUGGAUGGCUUUGCAAAUGGUGACAUUGAAAAAGAGACAGUAGUAAUGCUCCAGUGCCAGCCAUGUGGGUUUUUCAGGAAGCUUUUUCAGGAAGCUGUCCCUGGUCUGAGCUGGUGGAGUCAGGGCCUGGCACACAGACUGAGCACCAAGGCAGUGAGCACACAGCACCCUAAUCCAUGAGAAUCAGCCUGGUUUGUUCUUACCAUCUUCUUCUCUUUGGAAAUCUGACAUUUCCUUCCCCACUCCAUUUCUGAGAGUGGCCUUUUGCUCUCUUGGGUGUCAGCUCUGAGGGCUGGGGAGUUUUGUGUCCUGCCUUAUCCCCUGGCUCCCAAGGUCAGCACUUCCACACGUGCUCAAGGCCCCAUCCUAAGCUGCUGUGUAGGUUUGUGUAACCUCUGCAUUAAAACACACACCUGCUCAUUCACCUUCAACUUGAAGGUUGCAUAGUAUUUUCUGAUCUCGUACAGCAAAGUGGAAUUGAAAAAGCAAAGUUCAGAGAUAUGAAUAUGCUGCUAAUUGCAGGUAUGGAGCAAGUUCAUAGUCCAGCUUUUGUAGCCAUUGAUUUAAAUUUUCUGAAGCUCAGUUCUGGAAGCCAGUGUAAUGAAAUCUCAAGUUAAAAUUUUUUGCAUUUCAGGCAAGUAUUCCUGUUGAAUUAUCCAAAUGACUCUGUAGAGUAAGGAGCUAGAAAAACAAGAUUUUUUAAAAGAUUUUUUUCUAGAAGUAAUUGUAACUCGAGCACCAUUGUGCAUUCGUAGAAUUGUGAUCAUAAACUCUGUUUAAGUGCAAUACAUAACACUGAAGGAGCAUUCUAAUUGUGUUUAUGAAGCACUGCUUGGGUACAUAGGGUUGUUGACAGGCUUGGGGUGUUGUUGCUAGGUAAUAAUCAGAGUAUCUAUGCUGAUUAUGGGAUUAGGCUUGAAGCACAAAUGUCUUUGAUUCGUGAGGUAGAUCUGCUUUGUGACUGAAGCCUGGGCAGCCUGUGGAAGGCUUGUGGUGUCCUCCACUACCCAGCCAGGAUGCUUCCAUCCUCUGGCAACUUUUUGCAAAUUCAGUUUUGGAAAGAACAAUGAGGGAUUCUGCACACCCAACUUCCUUUCCAAGCAGUCUUUGUGUUAUAGGAUGAACAAGCCAGUACUGACCAGGAAAGAUGUGUGUAAAGAUGAAGGGUUUUAUCACUGAGUGCCAAAUACUCUGUUCAGAGUUGAAAACACAUAGAAUAUCUCAUUAAAAUCAAUGUUGAUUUGUAAGAGGUUCUUUAAAUGAGAAAAGUACAGAAGUCUCCCAUAAAGGUUUAACACUUUAGCUGCUGUUAGCAUUAAUAUCAAUACUGUAAGGUAUUUGAAUGGGGAAGGGCCAUUAGUUGCUGGCACAGCACAAGAAGUGAUGUACAGAGGAGAUGUAGCAGUGGUUAUCUGUAGUUCUUUUAUUUCAGAUAUUUUCACCUUCCUGGCACGGCUUCUGUCCUCUCUGGCAGUGAAACUGUCACUAGAGAGGGAUGGUUCAGGCACCAGUGUUCUGUCCCCAGAAGCACCAGGUUAAAAAAAAAAAUGGAGAGGAAAAGACAAUUGUUAGGAAGGCAGUAGGCUGGAGAUCACUGCACAGCUGGUGUCUCCCUCCAUGCAUGCCAAGGAUAAAAGUGGGCUUGCAAAGAGAGUUACCAGCAAUAUGUUUUAAAACUCCCUUGGCAGGCUCAGGCACCACAGUUGGAUUUUGGUGGAGACCUGCAGUGCCACUGUUGCCUUCUCAAUGAAGGUGGCAGCCUAAAAGUUGAUGCUCUUUGGCAUCAACUUUUACUUUUUUCCACAAAAAGUAAGAAAGAAUAAAUUUGACAAGUAAUACAGAGAUGUAACAUCAACCCAUUAAUAUUUGCUUUGGCUGCAAGUUGUGUGUUCCCUGUAAAAAAUGUUAAAAACUUGAAGUGGCUUUAGGAGCACUGCAGCAGUUACAGGGAACGUUAGGGCAGAUGGGGUUGGGUAAACUUUAAUUAGGACUUGAGAAGCUGAACCACACUGAUAAAUAAAACAUGUCAGCAGCCUCACCCAACUGCUUGCAGUUCCAGUUCUGUGCAUGUUAGUGAUUCAGAAGGGUGAGACUUAUUAUGCAAAACACACCUAAAAUGAACUUGAAAAUAGCUUUUCCUUCAUUUGGUGUUGAAUGAACUUUGAAAGAGGAAUUUCCCCCUGCCUGCUGAGUCUGUAGGAAUUAGUUAUUUCAUGAUUCUGAAAUGCCUGGUGCAUUCCUAUAGUUGAUGUAUUUGCUGAUUUUUAAAUGGAAUUAAGUUUUGUAAAUAUUUUGUCAGCCCCAUUUCAGUGGGUGUCCAGUUUCUAUAAAACCUGAAGAAAUGCUGUGUCCAACCCCUGUGUUUAGCCAUGGUUUAUCCUGUAGCAUCUCCAGCAUUAACUGACAGCAAUUACAGUUUGAGGAAGCAGGGAGCAAUUCCUUAGGGUUGUUUUUCCAGUUAACAUUGCACGUGUUUUCCUACUUUUAACAUGGAAAUAGAAUUUCCUCGAAGUACAUUUUCCAGCACAAAAAAAUGAAAUAAUUUUUGGUGCCAAACACUUCAAACUAUAUUGCUAAGCAUUGCCUCCUCUUAUUGCACUAGUUUUAAAAUUCAGUUUUUGAUCAUUUAUUGUCCUUUUGAUGGCCUUUUAACUAGGUUUUCCCCCCAAACCAUUUUCUACUGCUGAAAAAUGUUUGUCCCCUUUUGAUUACAUCACAGAAACCUCAAAGAAAUUUACCACAGAUUGGGGGUGAAAGAAGCACUAUGUAGGGUGAAGUAAUCAAAAUAAUCACAUUUUGGUAUGUUUCAGAAAUCAAAGAUUAAUUUAUGAUUGAGAUGUGAUUGUGUAUUAUUAUGGAGUGAAAUACUGGAAUAUUCUUUUAUAAGAAAAUUUAACCCAUGUCGUUUUAAAUUCUACAAUUAAAUCUAUCUCUAUAAUUGAUAUAUAAUAAAAUGAAUUAUUACCCAAAAUUGAAAUUUUACAGUUUCACACAAAGAGUACACAAUGAGCUAUGUAAAAGUAUGAUCUUCACUUUGUGAAUCAUUUUUUAAGAAGCACUUUCCUAUUACCAACUAGCAUGUGAAUGAAUUUUAGAUUCUCUCAUUUGUUAUGAUCUGUAAAAGUGACAUUUCUUCAAUCUGUCUCUUAAUGGAUAAAUCCAUCCUACAAAUGCUGAAACAAAGCACCUUAUACUAUGCUGCUUAAACUUGCUUGUAAUUGCACCUUUUGUUAUCUGCAGAGUUUUCUUAAUGAGUAUUCUUGUGUGAAAUCAUUGUUCCCUGUGGGUCUGGGGGACAGUUAACCAACCUACAGCAUCAUUUACUUAGUUUCUCUUUCAAUACAACAUUGUAUUGUGAGUUUAGUGCUUCAGAAAUAAAUGCUAAUUUCAUUUGUC